AAAAUGAAGCUGUUGUUCGUCUUUGUAAUUUUUGGCUGCCAGAUUUAUGUGGAGGGAAGUUGCAAUGUCCAUAGUGGCGAGGAACACUACUCCUGUACGAAGUAUUCUAGUGUCAAGUAUUCCUACACAGUUCCCUGUGGGUUUUGGCACUGGCUAAGAUGUUUCAGAACAAAAUACAGCAGCACAGCGCACCAGAGCUUGUGUUCAAGAAAGUGUACAGUCGAUGGUGACUGGUCUACAUGGCAGGCUUGGGGUAGCUGGGGGUCUUGUGACCAGACGUGUGGAGAUGCAAUAAGAAUACGAUAUAGUGUGCGAAACUGUAACAACCCAGCCCCUAAAAAUGGUGGUAAAGGUUGUCUGGGGAAAAAUACAAGAAAAGACACGGAAAUCUGCAAAUUGAAGGAGUGUCCAGUGAACGGUGGAUGGAGCAGCUACGGUUCUUGGAGUAAACCUGAGUGUCCAGUUACUUGCGGGGGUGGUCACAAAACCCAAUACAGAUACAGAGCAUGUAACAAUCCCAUACCAAAAUAUGGCGGACGAAAUUGUUCCGGGACUUCUGUGUUAACGCAUACAACGCCGUGCAAUACAAAUCCGUGUGAAGUUUCAUCCAUUGGAAAUGAGACUGUUUCUUCCACAAACGAGACGGAAAACGAAAGUUCUUCUUCAAAAGAAAAUGGGUUUAACAUUUCUUCUGAUACUGGAAAUGACACAGUCUCUAACAUUACAAAUCAAACGUCUGGUGGUUCCCUUUCCAAUCAAGUCACCAUUAAUGCAAUCACAGGAACGCCUGAUGAUAGGGGACCAACCACACCAAGGGCGGAGACGAGCAGCAAGAACGAGAACCAGACAGAAGAAUAGAUCAUAUGCAUGGAAAUAUGUCCAGAAUUGAUC